AUGCUCAAGCUCGCCAAGGAGUCCAACAGCAUCCUCUUCGACUACCGCAUCCCGCUCGCCGAGGCCGCAGCGUCGGAGAGCCACGAUAACGGCGGCAUGGUGAUGAACGGGCUGCCCAUCAGCAUCUACGCGCCAGAGACGGUAGGGUGCGCGGUGGUGGACUCUAGCGGCCACACAGCGGCAGCCACGUCCACGGGCGGGCUCAUGAACAAGAUGACGGGCCGCAUCGGCGACUCACCCCUCAUCGGCGCCGGCACCUACGCGUGCGGCCACUGUGCCGUGUCGUGCACGGGCGAGGGCGAGGCCAUCAUCCGCUCCACGCUGGCGCGCGACGUGGCGGCCGUCAUGGAGUACAAGGGCCUGCCUCUCCAGGAGGCCGUGGACUUCUGCGUCAAGGAGCGGCUCGACGAGGGAUUCGCGGGCCUCAUCGCCGUGUCUGGCACCGGCGAGGUGGCCUACGGUUUCAACUGCACCGGCAUGUUCAGGGGCUGCGCCACCGAGGACGGAUUCAUGGAGGUCGGCAUCUGGGAGUGA